UUAUUUUGAAGGGUCUUUGCGGAAGUUCAUUACUUCAUUGACGCUGGAAGAAGCUGUCGCUGAGACCGAAGAUAUUUCUCAACCCUCUGCUCUGCUCUGCUCUGUUGUUAUUUAUUCAAAGGAAGGAACACAUAAGGACAAAGUGAAGUGUCAGCAAUGAUCUGUAUACUGCUGGUAGCCGGCCACGGCACCGUGUUAGAGGCACAGAUUAAGAAUGAUGACACAGGCUUAUACAGCCACCUGGCUGGGGUACCGAAGGCUUUACUUCCUGGCAUCGGAGGAAAGAAGAUCCUUGACUUUUGGUGGGAAACGGUGAACAUGCGACAGUUGUUCACAGAAGUGUAUCUGGUCACUAAUGCAGACAAGUAUAAGCACUAUGAGCGCUGGGCCACAGCUAACGACUUCCCGGUUGAAAACGUCGUAAAUGACGGCAGCACGACGUUGGAGGACCGCCUCGGGGCCGUGGCUGAUCUGGAGCUGGUCAUACGCAGCCGUAAGCUGCAGGACGACAUCAUGGUGAUUGCAGGAGACAUGCUGUGUGCAGACCAGAACUUUGACAUUGGUCAAGUUAUCCGCUUCUUCAGGUCAGAGCCUGGAGAGCUCAUCAUAUACUACGAGCUGGAGGAAGGUGAGAAAAGCAGCUCCAGGGGCAUUGUGGAGGUAUGCCCUGACAACCAUAGGAUAACUCGUUUCUUGGAGAAACCAAAGGAAGGGCUGACAGCGUCCCGGCUGGCCAGCGUGGUGUUUUACUGCAUCCAGAGAGACACACUGUCCUACCUGUCUGACUUCAUCAGCCUGCUGCCUCAAGCCACGGACCGGUCUUUCGGACGAUUCUGGGAGUGGCUCGUUAAUGAGAAGCAACUCGAUGUGAAUGGGAUGAAGCUUCCUACCGGCUUCCAGCUCAUUGGACAAGUGGGUCUGUCAGACUACACCAAGUGGCUCACCCACUACUCCACCAAGCAACAAGACAGUCCUGCUAAACCAAUCACAUACCGAUCGUUUGCCAGGGUUGGAUUAAUGGGGAACCCCUCAGAUGGCUUCCACGGGAAAACCAUCGCUAUGUCCAUCUGUAACUUCUGGGCCGAGGUCACUCUAGUGGAGAGCCAGACUUUGGUUUUAGUCCCUCAUCCGCUCAAUGACCCCACAGAGUUUGGAAGCUUGCAAGAUCUGUUCUGUAUCAGCAGGAAGGAAGGGUACCUGGGAGGUCUGCGGCUGCUGCAGGCCACCUGUAAGAAGUUCUACCAGUUCUGCUCCAAACAAGGUAUUGCUUUGACAAAGCAGAACUUCACACUGAAGUACGACACCAACAUUCCUCGGCAAGUGGGCCUCGCUGGAAGCAGUGCCAUCGUCUCAGCUACCCUGAAGUGUCUUAUGAAAUUCUACAACAUCACAGACAAUGAUCUCCCGAAGCCGACCCGAGCCAACUUCAUCCUCAACGUGGAGACUGACGAACUUUUCAUUACAGCUGGCCUGCAGGACAGAGUCGUUCAGGUCUAUGAAGGCUUAGUCUACAUGGAUUUCAGCAAGAAGCUCAUGGAAGAGCAGGGCUACGGGAACUAUGUUUCUAUGGACAUGAGUGGGCUCCCACCGUUCUGGCUGGCUUACCUAAGCGACCCCAGUGACUCCGGACGCAUCCACAGCAACAUCAGACAGCGCUGGCUAAGUGGGGAGUCUCUGGUAGUCGAGGCCAUGAAGUCUUUUGCUGAGCUCACUGAUCAAGCGAGGACGGCCCUACAGGACAAGGACUGGAGGCGUCUGGCACAACUGAUGGACCAGAACUUUGAGCUGCGGAGGUCUGUCUACACUGACGACUGUCUGGGUCCUGGGAAUGUCAAGAUGGUUCAGCUGGCGAGGCAGUUUGGCUCGGCGGUGAAGUUACCAGGCAGUGGGGGGGCCGUGGUGGGACUGUGUCUGGAUGAAGCAAGACUGGUGGAGAUGAGGCAAGCUUUCCAGGAGGCAGGCUGUGUCUUCUGUGUCAUCACACCAUACAACCCAUCUGCCAGCACAGUCGGCGGCCAACAUUGACCUCACAUCUCCCCCCACGACUCAAGUCGGGCCACCGCUCAAGGCCAACUCAGGGCCAUCGGUUGGAUACGGCACAGCGUGGCUCCUCAGUGAGGCCCAAUGUCAUUUCAUAGAGGACUCAUUAUUACAACGGACAGCAAAAGAUCAUGAUCAGCUGCAUGAAAUUAUAUGAGAAAAAAAAUAAUCAGCUUUACUUUUCUGUGAUAGUUUUGUGUUAUCAGAUUGAUCAAAUGAUAUUUCAUCAAACAUCAGGUAUUGCUUCACUUUCAUUUUGUCCCUAGAAAAUGACUGAAUCUGCAUAUUUCGAAGUUUUGUCGCAGAUUAUUUGAGAAAAAUGGUCAUUUUUUAAGGUUGUGUCAAUUUUAGCAAUCACAACAAUGUACAAAUUAUGUAAUUAUUUUUCUAUAUGUGAUACAUCAGUUGUAUAUAAACAUUAUAUUUGUAUAAUUAAUGUAAUUUUUAUACUCAAAUUAAAAGCAACUGUUAUA